CGGCGGGUCCUCCUGGUGGCGACGGUGCGGCGGCGGCCGACGACGACGCCUCCAUGGAGGACGACUCCUGGGCGGAUGGGGGGCGCCCAGCAGCGGCAGGCCUUGCGGCGGCCGCGGCGGGCGUGCCGCCCAUUCGCGAGGCGGUGGCGGCCGUGGACGGCGGCGACGGCGCUGGUGGGCAGCGCACGGGCCUCGCGCUCGUGCAGGUGCCCGUCGAAGUCGGCGACGCCCGCGAUGACGAAAGCGUGGGCGCGAUGCACGUCGGCGUGCAGAGCGCCAGGCCGUCCCCGCCUGCGCUGGGGCCAGGCGCACGUGCCGCCCUGCCCGCAGGCCUGCGGGUGCGGGUCCGCGGCAUGGGCACGGCUCUGGACGGAGCAGCGGCGGAGGUGAUCUGGGACGCCACGGACCAGGGCAUGGACGUCGCGAUCGACCCUGACGGCACGGGCGCGGUCUUCAGGGUUCCUCGCUCCCUCCUGGAGCCCCUGGGCCCCAGCGCUGGUGCAGGCUGCAGCGGCGGCGAUGGCUGAGCCUGGCCAUUGCAAGGCAGACGCGAUGGUGCUCCUCCUCGAGUCGAGCUCUGGGCGUUUUUCCUUGUACAAUUUUGUUUCCCGCCAGUUAUCCGUGCGAUGCUGAGCGGAUGCCCCUUCGUGCCAGGACGCCGUCCCUGGUAGACGUUGGGAUGCUUGUCGUGCUGGGACGCGGUCCCCAGUAGACGGCAGUAGGGCUUCGCUUGGCCGUACAAGCACGUGCACACUAUGCAUUAUUUGAUGCCUUGUAUAUCGAUUCGCUUCGCGAUUUGAUUAUAAGAGUGUGCCUGGCCUCAGUGGCCUCCCGUUGGUACAGGCCACGGUCAGUUGCUCAGAUGCUGCUGGACGUGCGCUCUUGAUGGCCCGACACACACACAAACACACUUAAUCGUCGAAUCCGAU